AUGGCCAAGGAAUCCCAUCGCAAUGUCUCGCAGCGCUUCUCAUCUAACGGCGUGCUAUACUCAAGAGCCGAAGCGACCUGGAAAGUCCCUAAGGCAAAUUACUGCGCUAUUUGCGAUAAGCAAAAGACGCGGGCCGCUUCCGUGCCAAUUGGUGUGCAAAAGCCGGCACCUCUGCGUUUUGGAAAUGAUGUAUUUUCCCUGACUGGAGAUGUGCGCAGUGAUAUGAGCAUUCGGCAAAAUCUGAUCAGCGCGUUCGUUUUCGGGUGGUUGUAUGUCUUCUCUGCUGAGAUGGUCGAGAGGAUGCAAGAAGAUUCUCAUCUGGUUUACACGGAUUCACGGGCGGAGCUAACAGCAGACGACGAUGGUGAUGUAAUAGACGCGAAGAAUGGCGAGCAACCAUACUCCCCAGAGGAGAUGAUCGAUUUUAUAUCACCGUGGUCAACGACUGCCGAUGGGGGACAGCAAACUCGAUAUUCGGGGAUCAAGGUGGCUAAGCUGCCAGGGUAUUUGUCUUUAACUGCCCCACCGUUCUCUCAGCAGGCCCUUGGCUUUCUUGUCGACUUCCGCCCCUUCUAUGGUAUUUAA